UACGGAGUACGGUUGUUUGUUAUUGAAUGUCGUAUGGCGUUUCAAAAAUAUCUUAACAAGUUUUAAUAAAUUUGUCUUACUUACCCAAGUUACUUUGUAACUUUUUUUUUACGUAACCGAGUCGUAAAUACAAGUGUUUUGAUCGCCUUUUAAAAAUUCAACUGCCUAGUCAUUUUUCCAAUUUUUCACUAUGGUUGAAGUAUUUUUCUAAAUACACACUGUAAGUAAACGUUUUCAAUUGUGUUUCUUUAGGCGAAAAGUUACUCGUGCUAGAAAUGGCCACUCCAACUAGCGGCAACGGCAAUUUGGUCGACGAGUUUGACGAAGCGUUCAUGUCGUUGGUCGAGAUCAUGUCCAAGGAAGACGAAACUUUUUCACCAGUAGACAAGGAAGAGGUACGUGUGGACAUUGAUCAAUGCACGAUGCGGUUUAUCGAAAUAGCGCGUCAGCUCGAGGCGUUUUUUCUGCAAAAGCGUUUCCUACUGUCCGCUCUGAAACCCGAACUAAUAGUAAAAGAAGAUAUAUCCGAAUUACGUUUGGAACUGGUACGCAAGGACGAUCUCAUCCGUCGGCAUUACGAAAAAAUCUCGGUUUGGCAAAACUUGCUGGCCGAUCUACAGCAAGUGGCCAAAUCGCCGGCCCAGAACGCGAUGGGCCAGAGUCCCAUGCCGGCACCGAUGCCGUCUCCGAUAUCCACCGGUCCCAUGAGCGGACCUCCACAACAGCAACAGUCGCCGCAAGUACCCGGAGGCAUGGUGUCGCCGCAGCAGGCGAUGUUCCUGCAACAACAGCAACAGCAGCAGCAGCAACAACAACAGCAGAGAGCUGGUCCGGCGCCCGGCGGACCCAUGCCCGGCGCAAUGUUGCAAGGUCCGUUGGCCUACCUGGAGAAGACCACCAGCAAUAUAGGAAUAGGCGACGGGCGAAGGUGACGAGGUCGGGGACGAGGAAGAGGACGCGGUAGGGCCCAUCUUAGUCCCCCUUGACCACAGGCAAUGGCGUAUUCACAUUGACGCGCUUAACGGCCAACGCUUUACAUUUAUAAUCCUACCACUAAAAACAUUGUAAAACAAUAUACAUAUAUAUAUUCAUGUAAAUAUCUAUUAGCCUUGUAUAAAUUAUUUUAUUAAAUUUAGAAUUGAUAAGAAUGUAAGUAUUUAUCGCUAUUGUAAAUCGCUUUCUUGUAUUUUUUAGUUAUAAAUAAUUAUGUAUGUUAAUAUUGUAUAAUAUAUAUAUAAAAAAAAA